UGUAUAUCACAAAACUGCAUAUUGUCCAGUAGAUAUUCACCACGUAAUAAUCACAUGCUAUUUCACAAUUGACACUUCUCGACGUGAUCGGACUUGCUAUCUUGUGCUACAAUAUACGUAUAAUCAUCGUGGAUUUGCACUCGCUGGUCACUUCUUGCAAAUAUUUUACACCGUGAGGUCUAUCUGCGAAUUUUGAUGGACUCGUUUUCACAAAUUCUGUCACAAUGUCAUUUGGACAGUGCAAAAGUUAUGGAUCCGUCUGCUGAUAACUUUUACGUCUGCGAAGAGAAGCAACAAUUCACCAUUAAACAAGAACCAUUUGAUAUUGAGGAUUCUAACGUUGGACUUGUCGGUGAUUUCCUUCAAAGCGAGGACUCUAUUGAUAUUGACGCGUACUUAGCUUUAGGGAGGGCUGAGGUACAGCAGAACAAUCACGUUAGCAAUACUGGUGACGGAAUUCUCCGACAGCUAGAACAAGACUUCGCUUCAAAUCAUCAGCAGAUGCUCACCCACACGCCUGCCCCAACUCCGGGCGCACAGCCUAACCAGCAGCCUGUACAUUCAGUCGACCAGUUGCACUACACGAUCAACAACAUGCCACAACAGAACACUCAGGCCCAUGUUGUUGAACAAGCGGUCCCUGAAUAUCAACCAUGCUGGGAAAUUCACAGCACCAGUAACAGUGCUGCAUCUAGCCCUGGUCUACCCACAUCUGGUGAUUCGUACAAUGAGGAAGUCCAGAUCCAGGCGGACAGCGGUACUGCCUCUGGAUCUGGAGGUGGGAGCCAAAAGCGAAAACGCCCCGUUCCUACUCCUGGCACCCAUGAGUAUAAGCAGAAGCGGGAACGAAACAAUAUCGCUGUGAGAAAGAGUCGAGAGAAGACCAAAACGAAGAACAAGGAGCUCCAAGAUAAGGUUGGUGAGCUCCAGGAGGAGAACACUGGGCUAAAGAAACGUGUCGAGGGCUUAGCGAAGGAGCUGGCGGUCCUUCGAAGCCUCUUCACCACCACCGGAAAGACUCCUCCUUCAGCCUUGGACAAAGCUGUGAAGUAAUGGAAACUUGUGGCAAAGCUAGGGACAGUUUUUAAGCCAAAAAACGACGUCUUCACAUUCGCCCGACCCUCCUGUUCUCUCUAUCUAUGGCCUCGCCUAAGAUCAUCAAAGAGCAUCUCAGAGACUCAGUAGAAGACUGCUAGUCUCUUGCGGCAGAUAAAGAUCUGAGCGGAGUUGAACUGUGGACAAGGUGACUCUCACGAUAGGAGAUGGUGACUUGAUGAACUUGAACUAUGUUCUUUCACGACCUAUGACCUAUGAGACGGACACUGAUGGUGUUCUUCUAGUUGACUCGAACACCAUUUGCUUUGUAGGCUGUCACCAUCAGAUUUCAAGAACAAAUUUCCUAUGUGCCGCAUGUAACAUGUAAGCCUAGGUUUAAUGUGAAAGUGUUUGAAUACUAAGCGUCUUUGCAUUGUAUUGAAUUACAUGGAGUAGCAAUGAUAUGAUGUACUUGUAUACUAUACAUCUUUGCAGUUUAAACUGAUCCAUUGUGAAAUUGAAAGUAAAACUUUUACAUGUAGGCUAAUCAAUGUGGAAAUGUUAUGUUACAUAAUUUGUUUCUGUCAGAAUUGUGUAUGUGUGCCUUUCUAUAGAUUUCAUAUAUGUGGAUGAAAAUGAGCAAACCCCAUUAUGGAUGCAAAUUAAUGCAAUUCUUAAAAUGCUGAAAGUUCAAGAUAUGAGAACAUUUGACUGUUAUUCAGGAGGUUUGCAUUUAACAGCAAUGACAAUGCCAAACACCCUUCACAAUGUGUUGAAUGUCAUGUUGAAAGUUGAAAGACUUGUGCACAUCAAUUUCAAUUUCAAAAGGCGGAGAGGAAGAUUUGAAAGAGGCAGCUUAGCUCCUUUAUUCUAGUGCAUCUACAUGUGUGUAUUUUACUAUUUUCUUUUUAAUACCAUUUCGUUGAUGUAAAUUUUGAUUUUAACUUCAAUCGUUUUGUAAAAAAGAACACAUAAAAUUAUGUUAACUGAAAUCUAUAAUGCUGGUACUACAUAGCCAAAAUCUUGAGUGUUUGUAAAUUUAUGUUUGUAUUCUCAUCUUUUGUGAAGUUUUUAUCUUAUUUCAAUCUCUGUACAAGAAUCUAUAGUUUAAUUUUGUUUUAAUAAUUCUUUUGACUCAUCUUACAUAGUAAUCUUACAUGUAUUUUUCAAAAAUAAAUAUCUACAUGUUAUAUUAAUUUUUUUGGGCUCACGCAUCAACCUUGAAUAAAUGCAGUUUAAUGUGUAGUUAUAACCAAAAUAAAUCUUUUUUCAUAUGUUCAGACUGAAACAAAAAUUACACAUUUAUAUAUUAUAGGAGGAUUUAUGUAAAUUAUCAUGGGUAUGACCUAGUUUUAUAUGAAAUAAUAAUCAUUGAAAAUUUGUACAUUACUGGACAUGGCUUGGUGAUUUUGUAUAUUUCAUAUUGCAAAGAUUUAUAUAUCUGUUGACAAAUUAUAUGAUGUUGGCUCUUUUGAAAGGAUGACAUAUAAAAUAUGUAAAAACUAA